UCAUCAAAAGUAGGUUUAUGCGGUGGAAUGUGGGUGAUUUAGUGGCAGUGUUUCGUGAAUUUUUGGUGCGGAAAGUGUGAAAUGGUGACACUUACAGGAAUUUUCACAGCUGCCCGAAUUAUUCUCACCUAUGGUCCAGGAUUUGCGCUCAUCUUCCUCCUUAAUCGUGCCAUUGAAAUUGAGCGACCAGACAUUGUUGAUCAUCACCACAGGGUGCACGAUCUCCAUCCAGACGAUGGCUAUGAUACGUAUGAUUUCAUCGUUAUUGGUGGGGGAUCAGCUGGAGCUGCUGUAGCGGCGAGAUUGAGUGAAGUACAAAAAUGGAGUGUUCUUCUCCUGGAAGCUGGCCCCGAUGAGACCUACAUAUCCGAUGUGCCACAACUCUUUCCAACCCUGCAGCAAAGUGAGUUGGACUGGAAGUUCGUUACGCAGCCCACGGAACAUUUUUGCCUUAUGAAUGAAAAUGGUCAGUGCUUGUGGCCACGGGGGAAAGUUCUCGGUGGAUCGAGUGUUCUCAAUGCAAUGCUGUAUGUUCGUGGAAAUCGCAAAGAUUACGAUCAUUGGGAGCAUCUUGGAAAUCCAGGAUGGAGCUAUAGGAAUGUUCUGCACUACUUUAAAAAAUCCGAAGAUGCUCGAGGACAUUUUGCGCGCAGCGACUACCACGGAAUCUAUGGACCUCUCACUGUUGAAUACUACAGAUUCGUGUCACCUCUUAUGGAGAUUUUCUUGAAAGCAGCAGGUGAAUUGGGACUCUUAAAUCCCCAUGGGGACUACAAUGGAGCCACACAGUAUGGAUUUGCACGAUCCCAAGGAACUCUCAGAAAUGGGUUAAGAUGUAGCACAGCUAAAGCUUACUUGAGGCCAGCAUCUCAUCGGCAUAAUCUCCACAUCUCACUUCAUUCCCAUGUCCAAAAGAUCCUUAUUGAUCACCGCAAAAUUGCUUAUGGUGUGGUUUUUGGGAAGCACGAUUGGCCAUUAAAGGAAGUUUAUGCAAGAAAGGAAGUAAUUCUGUGUGCAGGAGCAAUACAAAGUCCCCAGCUAUUAAUGCUAUCUGGAAUAGGGCCAGCCCAUCACCUCAUGCACCAUGGGAUUCACGUGAUCUACGAUUCCCCAGGAGUAGGGGAGAAUCUCCAAGAUCACGUAGCAAUGGGCGGUGGGACGUAUUUAAUACAUAAUCCCAUUUCUCACGAUAGUCUCAGCUUUGUGAUCCCUAAACUGAUCACAGUGGAUGCAAUUAAGGAAUUUACCUACAAACACGAUGGACCACUUUAUGCUAUGCCUGCGUGCGAGGUGAUGGCUUUUAUUAAUUCAAAGUAUCAAGAUCCUCAUGAAGAUUGGCCAGAUAUUCAACUUUUCAUGGCAGCAUAUUCAGAUAACUCAGAUGGGGGAAUCUACAGCAAAAGGGGAAGUGGAAUGUCUCAUGAUUACUAUGCCAAUGUGUAUGAGAAUAUCAUUUACAAGGAUACCUUCAUGGUUGUACCGCUCCUUAUGAGACCAAAGAGUCGAGGAAGGAUUUUACUAAAGAACAAGGAUCCUUACGAACAUCCCCUAAUUUAUCCCAACUACUUUGAUCAUCCACAUGAUCUAAAUGUUUUGAUUGAAGGAGCUAAAUUUGGAUAUUACCAUUUUUCACGGACAAAAAUGAUGAAAUUUCUGAAUGCCACCCUUAAUCCUUUCGUGAUCCCUAAUUGCAUGAAUCUACAAUAUCUGAGUGAUGACUAUUGGAAGUGCAUGGCUAGGCACUACACGCAGACCAUCUACCAUCCAGUAGGAACGUGCAAAAUGGGCCCUAAACAUGAUAAAUGGGCCGUUGUGGAUCCGAGACUCAAAGUCUACGGUGUACAAGGACUUCGCAUUGUGGAUGCAAGCAUAAUGCCCACAAUUCCCACCGGAAAUACCAACGCGCCUACAAUUAUGGUGGCUGAGAAAGCCAGUGAUAUGAUCAAAGAGGAUCACUUAAGGCACUAUUAGUUCUGACAAUUUGCUAUAGACAAAAUCCUUUCGCCAUAUAGAUCCUUAGUUUAAGGUUUUUCAAUAAAACUAUUUUCUUUUUUUUAUAAAAUUUAUUUCUUAAAAUUAAAAAAAAUCAUUCAUACAA